AUGUCCGACAAGCCGAAAGUGGAUUUGAGGUGGAGAAAAAUAAAAGAACACACUUGGGAGGAAAAAACUCCACAAACUCGAAAUGAUCCUGCUUCUGUCGGGACUCCAGGAACGUCAGAUAAACCAGUCAUCGAAACUCAAACUGGUCCAGCAACUGACACAAACCAGAAACCUGUCACGGUAAUGAAUAACCAAUCUAAUCGUGUGUAG